GGUGUAGAUUGCACAUUUCUCAUCUGGAAUUCUCUCCAAAGUUCGGAGGAGAGAGAUUCUGAGAGGCUGUUACCAGUUCCUGAGGAACAUCAACUCCAAAAGCUGGAGAAUAAAUAUCCCUUCGAAAUCCAUUUAUUAGUAAAGCUUUGCCUGUGUGUAUACUAGUUUGCUCCCUGGAAGGUUUCUUACUAAGCAUCAAGAAAUGAGCCUGCUGCCGCCUGUGUUGCUUCUCUUUCUACCCCUCUCUGUUACCGCUCUUGCUGCUCAGGACCUUGAUGGAUUUCUUCCGAAUGGCAACUUCGAGAUCAGCCCGCGGAAGGAGAGGCUGAACAAGACGGUGAUCGUAGGCAAGCACUCCCUCCCCAACUGGACCAUCCAUGGUCUGGUGGAGUACGUGUCCGGCGGGCCGCAGCCCGGGGGGAUGUUCUUCGCGGUGCCGCACGGGGUUCAUGCCAUCCGGCUCGGCAACGACGCCUCCGUCUCCCAGAACAUCACUACCGUCCGCCCGGGCGCCCUCUACUCCCUCACCUUCAGCGCCACGCGGACCUGCGCCCAGGACGAGGUGCUCAGGGUCUCCGUGCCGCCGCUCGCGGGCGACCUACCCAUCCAGACCCUCUACAGCAGCACCGAGCCCGACACCUAUGCAUGGGGAUUCAGCGCUUUUAAUUCCACAGUGCAGGUCAUCUUCCACAAUCCCGGCGUGCAGGAGGACCCCAGGUGCGGGCCCCUCUUGGAUGCCGUCGCCAUUAAGGAGCUCUUCCCCCCUUUCCCCACCAGAGGUAACCUGAUCAAGAACCCGAGCUUCGAAGAAGGUCCCCAUGUUUUCAAGAACUCAACAUCCGGUGUCCUUUUGCCGCCCAAGCAGCAGGACAGCACGUCCCCGCUCCCGGGGUGGAUCAUCGAGUCCCUCAAGGCCAUUCGAUUCAUAGACUCCCCCCAUUUUGCGGUCCCCUUUGGACAGUACGCUGUGGAGCUUGUGGCUGGGCGCGAGAGCGCAAUCGCCCAGGUCAUCCGAACCGAGAAAAACAAGUUCUACAACCUCACUUUCGUGGUUGGCGAUGCAAGGAACGGCUGUCAUGGGUCGAUGCUGGUUGAAGCCUUUGCAGGUAACGGAACGGUGAAGGUGCCUUUCCAGUCCUACGGGAAAGGCGGGUUCAAGGCAGCAAGCUUGAAGUUCACAGCGGUUGCGAACAGGACUAGGGUGACCUUCUACAGUUCCUACUACCACACAAAGGUCGACGGUACUGCAUCUCUCUGCGGGCCAGUGGUGGAUCAAGUUAGGGUUUACCCUCUAUCGAAAUAUGAGACUAUUUAAUUACGUAUGCUGUGAAAGGGGUUUGGUGGGUUUGGAUUGCAAGGUUUAUCGCAAGGGUCUUGUGGUUUGUUUGGUUGACAUUUCUAUGUUUGAGUUGCUCUGUCUGGAUCAGCUAAGAAAGUUAAGUUGGUUUCUUGUUAACAUGAGAUGUCUCUGAUCAGUUGCCAAGUAUUUCGUGAUCUGUGGCUACAUGUAGAUGUAGGGGCUGUCUCGCUGGGAGCUCAGGAUGUGUGGAUUUCCUGCAAUUAAUAUUGCUGUGUGGCUA